GAUGAAAGUGUUCGCACACCGACACAGUACCAGGCCAUUUUGGCGGUAGCCAGGAACGACUUCCUGAAAAUCUUUCGGAAGCUCGUCUCAAGCGCACAGGUCCUCUCAACAGAGGAGACCAGCUAUCGCCGCUACUGCACGGCACUUUUGGUGUUACGUCACUUUCAGUGCCCGGCAGCUGUGCAAGGCCUGACAGUGUCAGAGUGGGUCAACAGGAAGGAAGUUGACGACAGGGUGGUGAUUGGCUUCGGCCGAAAUGAAACGAUGCAGCCAGCUGCCUGUUUUGCCUUGACAAAGGAGGAGGAAGCUUGGUUGCAGGCAUAUUACUCGCACAUCCGGCCAAGAGUGAUCAGGAGUGACCUGAACUGUGACAGGUUCUUCCUUUCGUCAGCUGGCACUGCUUUGCUCACAGUUUCGAAUGACCUCGGUGUGCUCCACAAAGCUUAUGAAAAAAGCUGGAGUAUGGGAACACUCGAAAACUUUUUAAGAGCCACCAGUCGUCAGGCGAGAGGUGCUUUAGAGAUAGCGGCGGCUAACCUGACGGACACGGAGAAGGAGGCCGUGUCCUCUUACCUGGCCUACAACACUGCUGUGGCAAAACUGCGCAGAGUACCUACGCCACAGACUGUAGUGGCCACGGCUACACUGCUGGACUCCUUGGCAGGGUAGGGUUCUUCCUCUUAAACAGACACGAAACAUCACAAUUGCAUGUAUUUGUUGUUCACCUAAUUUCUAAUAUGUUAACACAUACCUUCUUUCCUCUUACAGCACUGACACCGACCGGUUUUCCGGUCCAUCGGGCACGAAGUCUUUGGACUUUGCAGACUUUUUAAUGAAGUUUCCGGCAUCGGCAGACAGCAAAGCACCCACCAAACUGGACAGGUUAAAGGCAGGGUUUCCGGGCGAUCGUGUCUUCUACGACAAGUGGCGUGCCGCCCAAAAGGCCAAAAGAAUGGAACGGCUGCUGAAGGCCUUUACCCGAAAACCCCAAGAAAGCACGGUGAAAUACGGGAUUCUGAAGGAAGGGUGGAAGAACAACUGUCCAAAGCCAGCGGACGUUUUGGCGGCUUGGAAACCAGCCACCAAACUUGUCAUCGAGACUGAAGAGGAUCUCCACCGGAACGUGUCUCAGCAGACGUUGAAAGGCCUGGCCAUCAAAGAUUUUGGUGGAGAGAAAGGGCUAGGAGUUGUUGCAACCCAACCCUUUUCCAAGGGUGACAUCGUGUGUAAUUACCAUGGGAAGGUAAUCACAUAUGCCCAGGGAAAAGUCAUGAUGCAGAAUCUACAGGAUGAAACAGGGUACCUGUUUUUCUUCAGGACCGGCCAGAGGCAUCUCUGCAUCGACGCCCAGACUUUUCCCUGUGAAUGCCAUCCCUGUGCAGACACUGUGGGCAGAAGACUGAACCAUUCUUCCAAGCAAGCCAACCUGUGUCCAGAACCUUUCGUUUUGAAGGUGAAUGUACAGGACGUGGAUGUCAUCCUCUUCAAGGCCCUGCGGGACAUCAGUGUGGACACUGAACUGAAGUUUGACUAUGGGGUGAAAAGGAAGUCCUUCCGAGGAGAGGGCCAGGAUCUGCAAUGGCUAGAUGAGUGAUUUUGCUCAUCUGAUGAUGUGCUAUGCUAGUCAAACGGGGUUCAGAUCCCUAUGUUGUAAAUUAUGUCAAUAUUUUAAAAGCCUAAUUCUGUGUAGACUGUUACUAAGA